AUGUCUGCCAGGUCGAGCUCUGCAAGGAAGGGAUGCGCAAGGGACGAAUCUGCAAAGGAGGGUUCUUCUAGCUCGACCAACGCAAAUAACGAUUCAGUGCCUCGUUGCGACCACAAAGUUCCAUGCAUUGGGAACAAGUCUGGUACCUCUAGGAAUCCCGAAAGGCAGUUUUAUUGCUGCCCAUAUUGGAAGACUGAAGACUGCAGGUUCUUCAUAUGGUUGGAUGUGUAUGAAAUGCAGAUCAGGAAUGGAUCAUGGGGUGACUUGUUAGCAAAACUUAUUGAAUCAGAAGAAAUGAAUAAGAAGUUGUCAGAAGAGUUGCUUAGGACCAAAGAAGAUCGAGCAAGGAUGAUAUCGGAGAUGAGCAGAUUGAGCAAUGUGAUUUGUAGUCUAGAUAGUAGGAUAAGAAGCUUGAUGGUCUUUUGUGGCAAGUAA